AUGACCGGCACUCCUGCAGAGUCUGUACCCGCGCUCACUUCACUUUCGGUGGCCACGAGUGCAGAGGGCAGCCCAGCACCCUCUGACCUCCAGCCUGUACGGUCGAUCGAGUCACUCCCCCGUCUUCCACAAAGCAUAUUUAGCGCCUUGCGCUCGCUUUUCCUGCAUAUAUCCCUCAACGUAGAAGAAAAGGGCAUGGUCUCCCCCUCUGCAUUCAUCGCCGCCCUCAAGAAGGAGAACGUCGAUUUUCGCACGAGUCAGCACCAGGAUGCGCAUGAAUUCCUUAAUUAUCUCCUUAAUAGGGUCGCAGAAGAUAUCGAUGAAAACCGGACACGGCCUACGAUGGUGCAGAGCCUCUUCGAAGGAUUGCUCACCAACGAGACGCGCUGUUUGUCGUGCAACACUGUUUCUCAUCGGGAUGAGACGUUCUUGGACUUGUCAAUCGAUAUCGAGCCUAAUUCAAGCGUAACGGCGUGCCUGAGGGAGUUUAGCAAGGGGGAGAUGCUCCUUGAAGAUAAUCGGUUCAGGUGUGAUCAUUGUAAUGAGUACUGCGAUGCGGAGAAACGAAUGAAAGUAAAGACAUUGCCAAACGUUCUUGCCCUCCAUCUCAAGCGGUUCAAGUACAUCGAGGAUGCGAACCGCAAUAUUCGCCCCACCAAGCUUACGUAUCGAGUUGCCUUCCCCCUUGAACUCCGCUUGUUUGAUACCUCGGACGAUGCGCAAAACCCGGAUAGACUGUAUGAAUUGUUCGCCAUUGUUGUGCAUAUUGGAGCGGGAUUGGCACAUGGCCAUUAUGUAACUGUUGUCCGCACCCAGGGGAAGUGGGUCCUGUUCGACGAUGAGGCGGUGGACGUGAUUAAAGAAUCCGAUAUUAUGAAGUACUUCGGCGACGCUCCCGGAGGCCAGGGCUACGUCCUAUUCUACCAAGCAGUCGAUAUGGAUAUCCACGCUCUUGGUCUCCCCGACAGGUUACAUCACGCGGCGCCGAAGACGACAAUCCCUCCUCCCGCGUUUCCACCCGAGUGGAGCUCGGAAAAACAGUUCGCAGACCAUGGGGUCGUGUACACCCCUUAUGCAGGAACGAGUCAAGCGCAAGCAGCGGCCUCACUUGUCCCUCUCCCCCCGCCUGCGCCUACCCCUCCCACUCCCGUCGCAGCACAUCCAGGCAGAAAGGGGCUCAAACUCGACAUCCCCGCUACGCCAAAAUUCGAUGCUUCGGCAACGCUCAACUCUCUCCGUGGCCUUACCGGUCCGCUGACGAUGCCUGCCCAAGGCAGUCGGGAGCAGAACGGAGGGUUCUUCAGUCGGACGCCGAGACACUCGCAGAGCAGGCUCGAUAAGGCUUCGUCGGCGCAGGCGCCCAUAUCCCCGCUCACGGCGUUGCCUCCUUCGGGCGGGUUGCCACCUACCGCUCCGCCACAGUUGAAAGCAAGGCCUUCGUCUAGGGGGAAAGACGCUGCUGCCUGGCUGGCGGGGAAGAUGGGUAAGGAGAAACGACGUGAGGGAGAGGAAGCGGCCGCUGCUCCUGGAACUGGAACUGGCACCCCGAUGCCGAAAGAUGACGCACCGCCCGUACCUCCCCUCCCUCCUUUGCCCAUUGCCCCCAUCAAUGGCGCAGUGUCGGAGAAUGCCCUGGUGGGACUGGGUAUCCACCCCGAUCAGAAGAGGCCGUCCCUUCCUGCCAGCCUUGAGCGUGUGCAGGAAGCGAUGGUCCUUCAUCCGCCUCCGCCGCAGUCGCAAGAAGAUCCUCUGGUAUCGGUACACCACCAUCAUCAUCAUACCGCCGGGGUAUUCCCGCACGGCGCGUCUGCACCGGUUAGCGCCAGGACCUCGGGCAUGCUUUCCCCUCCUACCUCACCCAGUGCUCCGCUCUCCCCGUCCUCGCGGACAUCUUCCAGCCUACAAGCAGCUCCGAUCCUGGAAUCUCCUACUGAGGACAGUACAGGGACAUCGCAGAGUGUUGAGGCAAAGUCUCCUCAUGGUCCGUCUCUGCAUCGGAAGCGUCCCUCUACCGCUGGCGGGAAACUCUCCAAUGGACCACUGACGGUUCGUCCCCCUGAGGAGACGAACGGUACCACCGGAUUUGAGAAGAUCCGUGGGCGCCGGGCGUCAAGGGAUGAUGCCGGCGACAGGCCGAAGUGGUAUAAGCGGAUCGGGAAGAAAGAACGACCCUCGACCGCUAGUGGGAAGCUGGAAGACGAAGAUGAUUAUGCGGUCGAAAAUGAUGUCAUUGAGAUCAGCGUGUCUGGCGGACUGCACUCCUUUGAACCUCCCAUGGGGAGACAUCACUAUGUUCCUCCACCAACAUUGACAAGCACACCGACACUUACUGGGCCGACGAAGACGUCGACACCCGAUGUCGAUACCUCAACCACGUCGAUCGACAACUCUUCUUCUACUUCGUCUGAUGAACGUGCGGAUCGGACAGGACCGUUACCGCAAACCCCCUUCCCUACGCAAUCGAUGCCCCCGCCUUCGUUCCCUUCGCACAUGUCUGCUCCGACAAGCCCGAAUCACUCGCACGCAGACCGCCCUCCCGAUCCACCAAAGGCGAAGAGAAAACUGAGCAUGCACAAGCCAGCGCUCCGACGCUUGAGCUGGUUUGGCAGCAACAACAACCUGAAAGAACCUGUGGACGCGUCCGACACCGUCCCGCCUUUGACUCCAACCGAAAAGAAGUCUCGUAUCCCUCUUGGCCGUUAGAGACUGUUUGGUAUAUGUGCAUUCUACAAAAACGAAACCAAUUUCGGCUUUCAUCUGUCCACGCAUUCGACUUUUUCCUGGAUAUUUAGUCAUAUCAUACCGCCGUCCUCCUAUUGUAUGCUGUUGGUUGAGCUGAUGGCGCAUCCUUGGUUUGCU